UGAUGGGCAUCUGCCAGGGAAAUGGGGAGGAAUUUAUUUGUAUCAGAGGAUCUGAGGUGGCUCAUUCGCCCAAGGAGAGAGAACCCAGAGAAGUGUGCGCGGGCAGAAGAACGGAAUUGUUGGAAUGUUGUCACCAUGCUUCAUUUGCUUUCGUUUGCAUAACUAGAGAUCCUCUUAGGUUGUGUUUGAUAUGUGUGUGUAUGCGUUCAUGUGUGUGUGAGUGAGAGAGAGUUUGAGAGAGAGAGGGAGAGAGAGGGAGGGAGGGAGGGAGAGGGAGAGGGAGAGGGAGAGGGAGAGGGGGAAAAUUGGUUCUUUAUGAAUUCAUAAUGAGCAUUUUACUGAAAAGUUUGGGCAUUGCAUUCAAAUUCAGGUCCAUGAACCUGGUCUGAAAGAAAACCAGGUGAACAGGAAAUGAGAAUGCCGGUAGGUGGUCAAUGAGUGGUGCUGAUGUUUAGGUGAAAUACAGGAGAGUAGGUGGGCAUGGAUGGCUGGGAAGCUCGUUACCUUAGUGCUGAGCUGGAGAAAGUCUUGGCAUUCUGGAAGAUUAUGUCGGUCUCGGACCAGCGGCAAGUGGUUUGCUGUGACCUUUAGUCGAUGACUGACUUGUCCCGGGUUGCCUUGAUGGCUUAGAGAAGGUGAGGAAGAGGAGGGUGGGCAGGGCCCCCGGGUUUUUGCCUUGACGGUAGAGAGAACCUGAGGAGGAGGAGGAGGAGGGUGGGCAGGGAUGACGAUGGUUGGCAUUCUUUGGGUGACGACAAUGGGUUUAUCGAGGUCGAGGUGCGUCAAGAUUUGUUGACAACAAGGUAUGAAGUACUACAAACAGGUCGAGAGCGGAUGUAUGUCGUGUUCGUCUUCAAUGUCAUCAACGCCGAAAUCAUUGCUGGUAUCGAAAGCUUCCUGUGGCAUCACGUCGCAUGCACUUUGACAACAGUCUGAGGAAGACUGAGGAAGCGGAUGCUGGGCACGGCUGAAGUCGACUUCAAUGUCAUCAACGCCGAAAUCAUUGCUGGUAUCGAAAGCUUCCUGUGGCAUCACGUCGCAUGCACUUUGACCACAGUCUGAGGAAGACUGAGGAAGCGGAUGCUGGGCACGGCUGAAGUCAGUCGGCAGCCUUCGGCCAACGGCAAUGGCUUCCUCAUGGUCAAGGUGCAUCAAGGUUUCUUCAACAACAAGGAAUUCCGAACUGGUCAGAGCAUGCCCCUGACCUCGGGCAAAGCAGAGAUAUCCCUGUUCCUCGAUGUCAUCAACAAGAAAUCGUUGUUGGUAUCGAAAGCUCACAUUGGAUGCGCUUCGACUGUCCGACAACAGUCGGAAGAAGGCAGUUCUCCGACUGUCGUCGAGCGGUUGAGGGUGAGCAUGUGUUGUUGUCAAUUGGUCGUACAGUCGGUGGAUGCAGUACUGAUGGCAUCGCCUUGAUGAAGCAUACGCUAGUUGGAUUGGUGGGCACUGUUAGUAGCGGUUGCCCACAAAGGGGUAGUUGCAGCUGUCAGUGAUUGUUUACGGCAAUAGCAGUUACAGCAUGCAGGUGGGGAAGGGUCUGCGCAUGGGCCUUCAUUCUCCGCAGAGUUCUGCAGCUAUCCGAGCUGCAAGCAGCUCUCGCUGAGAGUGGAGAGUGGAGAGUGGCAGAGAGCCAGGUGCUGCAGGCGGAUGCCGUGCAGGGACGAGUAAGUGAGCCGGCAGGGCACUGAAAGACGGGAGUAGAUGCCAGAGGGAAACUGUCAUGAUGGAAGAAGGGGUUGUUGAUGGUUUAAAGUUCAGCACUGGUAGUUGUAGGCUGAAGUCAAUGCAGGAGGCUCUUUGACUGGAGCGUACAUAACGCCAUUGCCUCUGUCAGGGCAGGUAUUCAAUCAGCUGUGCCGAUAAGUUGAUUUGUUGGGAAAGCAUUUGGAUGACGAAUCAGCUCAUUCCCAGGAGUGGAGUAGGCCGGGGAACUGGUCUUGGGAGCAGGGGGAAGGAUGGGGACGGAGAGUGAAGGAAGAGUGGGGUGAACAAACUUACCUGACUGGUGCAUUGAGUUGUUCUCAGGGAGAAUUAUCAUUUCGUACCAUAUCCGUGUUUUUUUUUUUAUGUUCUGUAGGGUUGCCAUGCAUACAGGAGAUUUUUUCCUCUCUGGUUGAUAAUGAAAUUUUUUAUUCACAAUUUUAUGCGCACACUCUGUCUCAGCAUAGCCAUCUCUCCUGUGAAGUCAUUUCUUGUUUUUCUGUCUGUUAGAGCGGCAUGCAUGGCAUUGCAUGCUGCCAAGUCCCCAGCGGCGAGUCAAAGCUUCAGUCAUGAUUUGGACACAAACUUGCAGAGAAGGGUUCAAAAUCUUUCCAGCUCAGCGCACCAUUGAGCAUAAGACUUGCGUCUCCCUAGCAUUUGAUGCUUUGACACUCACUGCAUAUCCUAUGGACACCACUCUUUAGAGAUCCGUUGGAGCGCUAUGCGUUAACAGGAUGGACAAGUGUACAGAAGGGGCGAAUGGGGCGUGCUCCACCAGUCUCCAUUCUGCGUAUCUUGAGAGGCUGCACGGGUUGAGUGGGGCUCACUCCACCACUCUUCAUUGUGUUUUCCGGGGGCGCGCACGGCUCCACUCUUGAUCAGAAAAGAGCAAUUCAGAGUCCUCUCAUAAAAACGAGAGAGACCAACUAGCGUGGCACAGUCGGUACUCCAUUCUGCGGAUUUUGAGAGACUGCGCGGCUCCCCUCUCGAUCAGGAAAGAGCAUUUCAGAGUCCUUUCAUAAAAAUGAGAGAGACCAACUGGCCUGGCGCAGUUGGUACACACCUGAACUGUUGACAUGCGGACCUGGGUUGGAACUCGUUGUUUUUGAAAGAAGGCUUGCAGCCAGAAAGUAUCUAGAUGGCGUUGUUUUUGAAAGAAGGCUUGCAGCCAGAAAGUAUCUAGAUGGAGGGGAAGAAAAAAAUCAUGAUUGUGCUCUUUGGGGCAUAGAAAGAAGAUUGGCGGACAAUAGAGAGGUGUGCCAUGUGUGUGACAUCAAGGAUGACACACGGAACUCGAGGAAUGGUCCAAAAGUGGCAAAAGAUAAAAAAUGUGUGCCAUGGGUGUGUGACAUCAAUCCAAACUAUUGUGUGUGCCAUGUGUGUGACAUCAAUCUAAAUUAUUGAUUUUGUGGCAUAAGGUCCAACACAAACGUGCUUUCAAAAAAGCUUCACAGCCCAUUUCUCUAUCGAGGGCAAGCCCCGGUAGCCCUGAACAUCGAUAUUAACAAAAACAACAAGAUGUG